ACCUAGGGUGACCAUCUUGCACAUCCAUAAAUCACAAGGAGGUAUUUCAACUGCUCCGACUGGUGUGUGGACCAAACAUUAUUCAUCUGCCUCCAAACUGCCCAGUGCUUUGCUUCCACUCCUGUCCCCAUUCCUGAAGGAACUUCUUGGGCUCAGAGAUGACAUUCCUUUAGACUUCCAGAAACUGGAGAAGGAAAUGGACUCAGUGGUCAUUGAGGAUGUGGCCGUGGUCUUUACCCAGGAAGAGUGGGCUUUCCUGGAUAUUGCUCAGAGGAAGCUCUACAGAGACGUGAUGAUGGAAACCUUCAGAAACCUGGCCUCAGUAGUCUCUCAAAAUCCUAAGGAUGGAGAAAAGUUAUCCAGUGAACAUGUAAUGGUGCGACUCAUGAAGAAUAACACCUGGUCCUUCGUGUUUGGAGAAAUCUCUGACCAAUCGCUAGGCAAUAAAGAUAAGCAUAAAAGCCAGGAGAGACAUGUGAGAAGUCGUACAGCAGAGAACCACUGUGAAAGUAAUGAAGGCAAUCAGUGUGGGGAAACGUUCAGCCAGAUUCCAAAUCUUACUGUGCUAAAAAGAAAUCCUCCACAAACAAAUCCUUUCGAAUGCUGUCAGUGUGGAAAAGCCUUCACGGAUCACUCAUCACAUAAACACCACACCAGAUGUCACACUGAAUGCAGUACCUGUCAGUGUAAGGAAUGUGGAAAAGCCUGCAAUUGUCUCACUCACCCACCCACUUGUAUGAGAACUCUUAGUGGAAAGAAACCCCAUAAAUGCAAGGUAUCUCAGAAGGACUUCAUUUCUCUCUCCACCCUUAAGAAUCCUGUGACAACACUCACUGGAGAGAAGCACUGUGAAUGUAACCAAUGUGGGAAAGAUUUCGGUAGUUGCUCAUCGUUUUUGACAUACAUGAGAGGUCAUAAUCAUGACAGUACAGAAUGUAAAACAUGUAGCCGUCCUUUAGCCCUCAUUUUACAUAGAAAAUCUCAUGACAGAAAUAAGCCUUAUGAAUCUAAGGAAUGUGGGAAAGCCUUUAGUGAAGCCUCAUCCCUCAUUCAACGUGUAAGAACUCACUGUGGAGAGAGGCCUUAUGAAUGUAAGAAAUGUGGGAAAGCCUGUAGUCGGGCCUCUGACCUCACUAAACAUGUAAGAGCUCACAGUGGAGAGAGACAUUAUGCAUGUAAGGAAUGUGGGAAAACCUUUAGUUGUUCCUCAGCCCUCACUACCCAUAUGCGAACUCACAGUGGAGAGAGGCCCUAUGAAUGCAAGGAAUGUGGGAAAGCAUUUAGUCAGUCAUCACACCUCACUACACAUAUGAAAACUCAUAAUGGGCAGAGGCCUUAUAAAUGUAAGGAGUGUGGGAAAGCCUUUACUUGUUCCUCAUCGCUCACUCAACAUCUAAGAACUCACAGUGGAGAGAGACCUUAUAAAUGUAAGGAAUGUGGAAAAGCCUUCAGUGGUUCCUCACACCUCACUCAACAUACAAGAACGCACAGUGGAGAAAGACCUUAUGAAUGUAAGGAAUGUGGGAAAGUCUUUCGUUAUUCCUCAGCCCUCGCCAAACAUAAAAGAAUUCACAGUGGAGUGAAACCUUAUGAAUGUAAGGAAUGUGGGAAAGCUUUCAGUUGUUCCUCAUCCCUCACUCUACAUACAAGAACUCACAGUGGAGAGAAGCCUUAUGAAUGUAAAGAAUGUGGGAAAGUCUUUAGGCAAGCCUCAAACCUCACUACACAUAGAAGAAUUCACAGUGGAGAAAGGCCUUAUGAAUGUAAAGAAUGUGGGAAAGCCUUCAGUCAGUCAUCACACCUCACUAUACAUAUAAAAACUCACAAUGGGCAGAGACCUUAUGAAUGUAAGGAAUGUGGGAAAGCCUUUAGCUGUUCCUCAUCCCUCACUCAACAUAUAAGAAUUCACAGUGGCGUGAAACCUUAUGAAUGUAAAGUGUGUGGGAAAACGUUUAGGUGUUCGUCACAUCUCAAUACACAUUUAAGAGCUCACAGUGGAGAGAGGCCUUAUGAAUGUGAGGAAUGUGGCAAAGUCUUUAGUUACUCAUCUGGAUUCGCUACGCAUAAAAGAACUCACAGUGGUGAGAUGCCUUAUGAAUGUAAAGAAUGUGGGAAAGUCUUUAGGCAAGUCUCAAACCUCACUAUACAUAUGCGAAUUCACACUGGAGAGAGGCCUUAUGAAUGUAAGGAAUGUGGGAAAACCUUUAAGUGUUCCUCACACCUUACUGCACAUAGAAGAACUCACAGAGGAGAGGCCUUAUGAAUGUAAGGAAUAUGGGAAAGCCUUUUUUUUUUUUUAGUCGUUCUGCAUACCUUAAUUCACAUAUGAUACCUCAAAAGGGAGAGAUUAUUCUAUGUCAGAAGUGGGAUAUUUCAUCCUUACUGCUGUAAUUUCAAAGAGCAAGUUU